UCUUUGCGUGUGCUCUAAACUUUUUACCAUUAUUAUUUUCCAAUUAGACGCGUCGAAAUCGAACAAAAAUAUUGACAAAAUAUUAUUUACUGUGAAUAUACUCUUAUGUGAUGUUUGUGAAGUGUAUUUAUGCAAGAACAUAUCAAGCUGCUGAAUACCAAAAGCACGCAGCCGUCGAGAGGAAUGCGCAACAAACCGUGUUUAAGUUUUAGCAAAAUUGUUGUUGUGCCUUGUGUGUUGAUAAAGAAUAAAUGAAAAGUGCAAAUAUUGUACAACAAAGAGCAAAGCGUUAAUAUGCUUUAGUGAUGUGGAUUAUUAUGCAAAUUCCAGUGUUUUUAGUUUAGUGUCGCUGCCAGAAUUUGUUCAUUGAAAAUAUAAAAAAAGAAAUACUUGGAACAAAAACUAUACUACUUGAAUGUGUGUGUUGUACCUCGCAUUAUCACUUACCCUUCGUUAUAUCUCGUACAAGUUAUCUUGAUUAAAUAUUAUACUAAGAAUACGGCGGUAUCAGCUGCCGGCAAGUCAACUUAAAGUCUGAAAUUAUACAUAUACAAACAUAGUUAAGUGAAACUGUAGUGCAAAAUUUAAAACGUGUCCCAAGUUGAAAGGGAAGAAGAAACCAAAAACAAUAGAAACGUAUCUGAAGACAACAAUAAAGGAAAACCGUAAAUUUUUUGGUUUUGUACAAGUUAGUUGUUUGUGAUAUGACUGCUAAAUAUCACAAGAAUGCAUCCAGCGGGCGAAAAAAGGGGUCGCCCCAAAAAUAAAUACACAGCUCAUGCCCUCGAAUCUAUCAAACAGGAUCUGACACGUUUUCAAGUACAAAGGGACAAUGGUGGAGCACAGAACUUCCCACCGAUGCGUUACAAUGCAGUCAACGGUGGUCGCUCCGAUCCGCCGGACUACAUGCAUGCCAAGCUGAUGGAACCCAUGCCUGCGGUAUCGCCUUUACCUGUUGCACCAUCACCGAAUCCCCAAUUAAACGGACAUGUGCCAAAAGUUCUGCCACCCGGCCUUAUUUCAGCAAAAUUGAUUCGAAAACCAAGUAUCGAACGUGAAACUCCGCUCAAUUAUCUGCACCGAUGCAGCCCAGCGUUGGACUCUGGGGCAGGCAGUUCGCGAUCGGAUAGCCCUCAUUCGCAUCAGCAAGUCACAAAUGCCGGACGCGUCAGCACAGGACAAUAUUCGCCGUCACCUUCAAGUUUCAGCGACGUUGGCCCACCAGCACCACCGCCACGGCAUCCAACAACGGCAAACUCCGCUACACCGCCACCACCACCGCCUAAUCAACUCUACAAAAGGCGAUCACCUGCUAAUACGAGGCCAGCGGCAAUUACACCCAAUCCGACAACGCGUGGCACCUCGCCGGUUAUUUUGCGGAAUGGCAUCAAAGCCCAACAACAGCUGUCACAAAUGAAGGCGCUAAGCUUAUAUCAGGCUGGUGGUAGCGCCGUUGAACCGCCACCACCACCGUAUCCUAUCAACACAGUGGUGGUGGCUACGUCAGCGCCACCGCCCAGCUACACCGCCUCCAUGCAAUCCCGUCAGUCACCCACGCAGUCACAAUCUGAUUACCGUAAGUCACCAAGCAGCGGCAUCUACUCAGCCACCUCUGCCGGAUCGCCCAGUCCUAUCACUGUGUCAAAUAGCGCGAUACUGCCACUGCAGCCGACUGCUGUAGCGCGUCCGCAGCCUCGUACCUACGCGCGCACUCAGCAACCAAUCAUCAUGCAGAGUGUCAGAUCGACGCAGGUGCAAAAGCCGGUUCUGCAAACGGCUGUGGCGCCACAGACACCGGUCUCGGCCUCGGCUUGCAAUUCGCCUGUACACAUCAUGCCCGCGCCACCCUCAUACCCGCAAAAAUCUGCUAUUGUUGUGCAACAACAACAAGCAGCUCAACAGCAAUCGCCGCUGUUGGCUGGUGGCGUCCCCACCACUCUCAGCACCGCAGUGAAGUCAUCGACGCCCACCACACCGCCGCUCAUUGCUAACGCGUUGAACGGUAGUGUGGUGAGCAAGCCGAUAUGCAUUGAGCCGCCUUCUUAUUCGGUGACGAUGCAGGCGAAGGCCGCACAGCAUCACCAGCAACAGCAACAAACAUCGUCAGCACAGUUGCGCGCUGCAGCGGCUGUAGCGUUGGCUGCACAGCAGCAACAACAACAACAACAGCAGCAACAAAAGCAGGUGUGCUCGGUGCCAGUGCCACGCCAAUUGCCGCCUCCGCCGCCCUAUCAGAGCACACGCGCUGCCGCAGCGCCACCGUCGGACAUAAGUGGCAACAACAAUCCGAUGGAUAUGAAGGCAAACGGCAAGGCAGCAGCGGCACUGCACAGCAAUAUGGUAAACAAUAACCAAAUCAUAAAUAGCAACUUGACAACAACACCGCCAAUACCACCGGCGAAAAAUAGUGGUGGCAGUGGGGGCACAACUAGUUCCGGCAGUGGCGGUGGUGGUGGCGGCACAUCGCCGGCCGCAUCUGGUGGUGGCGCUGUAGGCAAAGGCGGCGAGAAAAUCAAGCAUGCUUCGCCCAUACCCGAACGCAAAAAAGUCUCCAAGGAAAAGGAGGAGGAGCGUAAAGAAUGUCGCAUAACACAGUACUCUCCACAGGCGUAUAAAUUCUACAUGGAGCAGCAUAUCGAAAACGUUAUCAAAUCCUGCAAACAACGCGCCUAUCGUAAGAAUCAGCUGGAGAAGGAGAUGUCACGCAUGUGCUUGCCGCAACAGGCGCAAGUGGAGAUGCGAAAAAUGUUAAGCCAAAAGGAGAGCAAUUACAUACGCUUGAAGCGCGCCAAAAUGAAUAAGAGCAUGUUCGCGAAGAUCCAAGACAUUGGCGUGGGUGCGUUCGGCGAGGUAUCGCUGGUUAAGAAGAUCGAUUCAACGCAUCAUCUGUACGCCAUGAAGACGCUACGGAAGGCGGACGUGUUGAAGCGUAAUCAGGUGGCGCAUGUGAAAGCAGAACGUGAUAUUUUAGCGGAGGCCGACAAUAAUUGGGUUGUUAAAUUAUACUAUAGUUUUCAGGAUAAGGAAAAUUUAUAUUUUGUGAUGGACUACAUACCGGGAGGAGACCUUAUGUCUCUUUUAAUUAAGAAAGGCAUAUUUGAAGAACCGUUAGCGCGAUUUUACAUUGCCGAACUGACAUGCGCUGUUGAAAGUGUACACAAAAUGGGUUUUAUUCAUAGGGAUAUUAAACCUGACAACAUACUCAUCGAUAAGGAUGGUCACAUAAAACUGACUGAUUUUGGAUUAUGCACGGGAUUUAGAUGGACACAUAAUUCAAAAUAUUAUCAAGAAAAUGGCAAUCAUUCGAGGCAAGAUUCAAUGGAGCCGUGGGAGGAGUAUUCCGAAAUCGGACACCGACCAACUGUAUUAGAAAGGCGACGCAUACGAGAUCAUCAAAGAGUAUUGGCACAUUCAUUAGUAGGCACACCAAAUUACAUCGCGCCAGAAGUGCUCGAACGGAGCGGUUAUACUCAACUUUGUGAUUGGUGGAGCGUAGGUGUUAUACUCUACGAAAUGUUAGUCGGACAGCCGCCAUUCUUAGCUAAUACACCAGUAGAAACACAACAAAAAGUAAUCAAUUGGGAGAAAACUCUACUCAUACCGCCGCAAGCAAAACUAACGCCUGAAGCUACUGACCUAAUACGACGCUUAUGCGCAUCGGCCGACAAGCGUCUGGGCAAAAACACUGAAGAGGUCAAAGCGCAUCCCUUCUUCAAGGGUGUUGAUUUUGCUGAUAUGCGGCAGCAAACUGCUCCAUAUAUUCCAAAGAUUGAAUUUCCCACAGAUACGUCCAAUUUUGAUCCAAUUGAUCCAGAUAAAUUGCGUUCGAAUAAUUCAAAUUUAAGUGGGGAUGAUUUUGCUUAUAGUGACAGUCAGUCCCAUGGAUUUUUCGAAUUUACAUUUAGAAGAUUUUUCGAUGAUCGAUUCAAUUCUGAGAUGACAGACGAUCACUCAAGCUAUCAGGACGUCGGAAAUACAACACAGAGCAAUCAUAAUGUAAACGAACAGUUUAUUUAGUCAUUUAAGUAAUUACAGCAAAUAGAAGGGAAACAUAAUUAUACUUUAAGUAAUGAUGUAUGUAAUUAGUUGUGUAGGUAUGGUAAUUGAUGAAAUGUCACAAAAAUCUCCUAGCAUGAUGUUAAUAAGAGCAAAGUUACACCUGACUGUUUUUGCAAUAUUUAUUAUAAAAUAGUAUCACCCACCGUUACUAAAAACAAAAAGUAGAUGACAUAACGAACAGGAGUUGCACUAAAGAUUUGUAUGUAUGUAAUUUACCAGCUGGAAUAUAUGAACGGUUCUUGUAAUAAAUAUGCCACGCAGUCUUUACGCAAAUUUUUUUAAUGUACUACAGUAUAUUAAACUAUUUUCGAUCUUGGCUUGUGCUCGUAUAUAACAUAUAACAAAGUUAAAAGAUGCAAAAGAUUGUCGCAAGAAUUCGUUAUCCGUUCAUAUAUACAAGUGUAAAUUGUUGGUGGCAAUACUUUUUCAUAUAAAAAAAUUGUGUAAUAAAUAAAUAGUUACGCCAGCUGUUGUCCAGCUGUCAAACUGAUUUUAUAAUUAAUUGGUAGAUAUUCAUUUGACAUAUAAAAUGGUUUUAACGAAAUUUAAUAUUACAAGAUAUUGAAAAUUUUUUUCAUAUAUCGAUAAUGUACUGAAUCUAUAGUAAAAUAAUAAAAAUAAAAGGUGUUGAUAGUAAUUUAAGCGUUGAAAAAUUAUAUUUUUGUACCGUUAAUAUAUUUGGUUUGGUGUAGAAAAAAUUCUAAAUGUCAAUUAGAAAUCUGCAAUCAUGCAUAAAGAGAUAUUUAUGGAAGCUUUACAACCAAUCUAUUAAAACUUUGAAAAUUGUGCCUUACAUUAAAAACAACAAUUAAUGAUAAACACUGAAUUAUUUGGGUGAAAUUAGUAUGACUUUUUGUAUAGGAUGAUAAUGCGAGCGUACUAAAGUCCGGCGACUCAAUUUAUAAAGUUUAUAUCAUUUUGGAAACUAUACAUAUAUUUGACGAAUUUAAAAACAAAAACAAAAGUAUAAAAUUUGUAAAAGUUUGAAGAUAGUACUGUAAAAGUGAUCUAUUUCAGCAGGCUGGAUAGAAAAAAAUUUAAUUGGGAAGCAUGUGAUGAACUAAUAAAAGUUAUUGUUGGAAUUGACUGUAAAGCAGAAGAAACAAAUGGAUUAAGUAGAAACUAAACUACGACAAACUUCUAAUCAAAUCACCACUGGCCUUAAAAUAUUCAAUUAACAAUAUUAUAUUAAUAUAUAUAAAAGAUAUAUGCACUUAUGUCAGUUUUAGUACAUGUAACUAGCCAAAUAAGCAGGUCUUAUACACCACUUUCGUUUAACUGGCAAUGAAGCUUUCUGAACUUGAAUGAAUAUACAUACAUUUGUUUCUGACAAAUACAAAAGAUUUGCUCAAUAACUACGAGAAACUUUUAAUGAUCGUAAUGUAAUUCACAUUAAUUUAUGAAAUGCAGUAAUGGAAACGGUUGCGCCGAACUUAACAUUUCGUCAAUUCAUAUUCAUAUUAUAAAUGUUGCGCUAUUCUACAAUUUUAAUAAAGAACAAAUUUAUAUGUAUAUAUAUAUACUUAUGUAUUUAUUGCAUUAAUAAUUAAUAAUGUUAAACUUGUGAACGGCCAAUCGCUGAACAGUUGAGAGAAACAAUGAAAAAUAUCAUAACCUUAUAUAUAUUUACAUAAAAUAUUUGUAGUAAUAGCUAAGUUGUUAGACUAACUAAUUCUAACUGUACGAUAAUUUACAAUAGCACUUAAGCAGUUAGCAUUCAUAUAGUUUAACACACACAUAUGCAUACAUACAUACUACAAUUACAAACUUAUACUUUACUCUAAACUCAUGUGGCUACGCAAAACCAAUUUUAAUUGUUUGAGCUGACAUAUCCGCAUUUUCAAUUUGUGAAACAAUUUCAUUACGUGCAGGCACUGCAUUUUUUUUU